AUGAAAAAGGUGAAAAAUGAAAUUCUUAAAUUCUCACCUUUCGAGUUAAAUAAUAGGCAAUCACUAAUCAAUUUCUAUAAGGUAUUAAAUAAAGAAUACAUAUGUGGAGAACUACAUCAGAACAUCAUUUUAAAUCCCGAGAAAAAAUCACCAUUCCUGUACUUGGAACUCAGGAAAAAUGAAAUUACAUUCGGCUUUAAGGACACGAAUAAUGACUUAUAUCAACAGCUAGUAAAAAUAAAAGAUAAGAAAAUAUUUGGCCAAACUCUAACUAUACAUGAUGAACAAAUUGCACAUUUAAUUAAGGAUAUCAAAAAUUAUUCCUACAUACAAGGAGGUGCAUUAGUUACCUUUGACAAAACAAUGCUCAAGAAUUAUGUUCACAUACAGUUACAAAAGCUUAACGAAAUUGCGUCUAAGUGA